AUGUCUGACCUCAAGACCAUUGAGGCGGGUGCCAAAUCCAGCGAUGUGGCCGACGGCACCAUGAAGAACAUCAAUCUCUCAGAGCACGACCUCGAGUUGGAGCUUGCGCUCGCCAGCUAUGUUCCUGGAUCCGACGCCGAGAAGCGCUUGGUGCGGAAGAUGGAUCUGAUCAUGAUGCCUGCAUUGUGGUUUAUGUACAUUCUGGCGUAUAUUGACCGCCAAAAUAUUGGCAACGCAAAAGUCGCUGGCAUGGACGUGGACCUCAGUUUGUCCGACGACCAAUACGCCAUGCUUCUUUCCAUCUUCUUCAUCGGCUAUCUGAUUUGCGAAGUCCCAUCCAACAUGAUUCUCACCAGAUCGCGACCAUCUUGGUACCUCCCUGGUAUUAUGAUCAUCUGGGGUGCGCUUUGCGCCGUCAUGUCAGUGGUUCACAAUUACAAAGGCAUGCUGGCUCUGCGAUUCUUCCUCGGCGCCAUCGAGGCAGGCUUUUUCCCAGGUGUGCUUUAUGUAAUGACCUGUUGGUACAAGAAGGCCGAAAUUGGCAAGCGAUUCUCCAUCUUCUUUACCGCCUCUGUGUGCUCUGGUGCCAUGAGCGGUCUGCUCGCCGGCGCCAUCACAGGAAACAUGGAAGGUGUUCGGGGCAUGCGUGGAUGGCGCUGGUUGUACCUGAUUGAGGGUUGCGUCACCAUUACAGUGGCGAUAUGUCUCAAGUUCAUCCUUCUCGACUUUCCCGAGAGCUCAAAGCGCCUCUCCAUCGAGGAGCGCCAACUCGCAGUCGUCAGAAUGAUUCACGACCGCAACACCAGCGUUGCCAGUAACAGCAUCCGCCUCACUCACUGGCAGUCGUUCAAGGCGGCAGUGGCUGACCCCAGGACCUACUUGUUCAUCGUUCUCUUCGUCAUGGAUCUGGGCUCGUGUACCAUCUCAUACUUUAUCCCCACCAUCGUCAAGUCGAUGGGAUACACUUCGGUCCACGCGCAGUACAUGACUAUCCCGAUUUGGAUGGUUGGCGCCGUCUUUCUCAUCGUUCUUUCAUAUACAGCUGACCGAACCGGCGACCGACGUUGGCACAUUACUGGAUGUCUGGGCCUCAGCUUCAUUUGCACUCUGGUGUGCAUUACCGUCAACAACCCCAAGGUUCUGUACGCCAUGCUUUGCUUUUACAUCGCCGGGCUCUACACGGCUCUUCCUCUGAUCCUCAACUGGACUUCCGAAGUCAUUUCUCUGCCUGCCGAGAAGCGAGCUGUCGUUGUUGCGCUCGUCAACUCCAUCGGUAACCUUUCGGCUGUGUACGGAAGCCGACUCUGGCCUGCUUCUGACGGACCGACAUUUGUCAAGGGUUUCGCUACCACUGGUGCAUUUACCGGUUUUGGUACCAUACUUGCUGCCCUCAUCCCGGUCAUUAUCAAGUACCUACCCAAAGAAGGUCAAACAAAGGCUGAGCGAGAGAUCCUGGAGCGGGAACAAGAUUUUAUCGAGGAAGUGAGGCCGAGUGGGACAGUCUAG